UAAGAAUUCCACAACAAUUUGGCAAAAUUUGGAGUCUCGUUUCAUGGCGGCUGGUCUUGCUCGUUUAAUGGAGUUAAAACAUAUGUUAUCUCACGCUAGGAAGAAAGCCAAUCAGUCCAUGGUUGAGUAUGUUCGUGGCAUACGAACAAUUGCAGAUAAUUUGAACUCAAUUAAUGCCCCGGUUUCUGAUGCGGAUUUGUUACAACACACACUUUAUGGCUUGGGACCUGGGGAAUGAAUCAUUGGUGGGGCCACUUACUCUUUUUCCCGAAGGCUUGACGUUUGAUAAAUUAUGCACCAAGCUGGUUCAUCAAGAGGCACACUUACAAUACCAACAAUCACUGGAGUCUACUGUUGGUGUGCCUGCCUUCUCGGCCAAUACCGCGGCAGGGGCUGCUCCGGCAGCUUCCAAUGCCGCUGGACAACAGCAACCUCAUCGGGGAGGACGUGGUGGCCAUCGUGGAGGCCGCGGCCGCGGACGCUACCAGCAGCAACAACUGUCGUACGGACAGCAAGCUCAGGCAUACGGACAGCAGCCUCAGUACUAUGUCCCUCGUCCGC